CUCCUUUUGAGCAUACAAGCAAUCCAGUAGCUAUCUGAGUAGCAGCCAAGCAGGAACUUAUGGACAAAGCAUGUUAGAGCUUUAAGAUCCUCAUCUGUGUUAGCCGGUGGAAGCCUUUCAUCUCCCAACCAAAGAGACUUCUCUUUUGACCCCUCUACCAGUCAACUACAGCAGUCAAAGAAAAUGAGUCUUCUGGAUGUUUUGAGGUUUAGCUUUGUAGAAAUGAAUGGUACAGCAGCCACAGUGACCUUCUUUGUGAUCCUCUUGAUUCUACUGUGUUGGUAUUCUACCUCUGCAUUUUCCAAGCUAGAAAAGGUGGGCAUUCGUCAUCCUCCACCUCUGCCUUUCAUUGGAAACCUGUUAUUCUUUCGUGAGGGCUUUUGGGAAAACCACAACAAACUGAUAAAUGAGUAUGGACCUGCCUGUGGGUACUAUAUUGGCCGUCGUGCAUAUAUGGUGGUUUCUGAGCCAGAUAUGAUUGAGCGUAUCUUAGUGGAAGACUUCAGAAACUUCACUAACAGAAUGGUUCCAGCUGUACUGUCUAAGCCAUUUGCAGACAGCCUUCUUAGCCUGCGCGAUGAGAGAUGGAAAGAGGUUCGAAGCCUGUUGACCCCAGCCUUCAGUGCUGCAAAGAUGAAAGAGAUGACUCCGCUAAUCAACCAGGCAUGUGACAUCCUGCUGAGUCACUUAGAGGUCUAUGCAGAUUCCAGCACCUCUUUUGACAUUCAAAGGAAUUAUGCCUCCUUCACCCUGGACGUUGUUGCUAGUGUGGCUUGUGGUAUCCCUGUGGAUUCCCAGAAGAACCCUAAUGACAACUUUGUUAAGAACAGCAGAAGAUUGUUUGAACUUUCAAUGUUUAAGCCCCUUUUAAUUCUAACCAUUGCCUUUCCAUUCAUAAUGAUUCCCCUGAUCCGGAUUUUUCCAAAUAAGAAGCAAAAUGAGGUGAAUGGAUUUUUUAUCAGUGCCAUUAAGAAUAUGAUUGCCUUGAGAGACCAGCAAGACGCAAAGGAGAGACGCAGGGACUUCCUCCAGCUGAUGCUUGAUGCCCGAUUCCCUGCCAAUGAUGCCAGCGUGGAACAUUUUGACAACAACAGCCAAGGUCUGGAGGAAAACAAGACAGCUACUAACAAAGGGCUCCUGAAGAAGCAGCCUAAAAUGUUGACUGAUGAUGAGAUAGUUGGCCAGGCCUUCUUGUUCCUGAUCGCUGGCUAUGAAACCACCAACAGUACCCUCUCUUUUGCCACAUACCUCCUAGCCACCAAUCCUGAGUGCCAAGAGAAGUUGCUGUGCGAGGUAGAUGAAUUCUUUGCAAAACAUGAUGCUCCUGACUACCAAAAAAUGCAUGAACUCCUCUACCUGGAUAUGGUCAUAGCAGAGACUCUACGCAUGUAUCCACCUGCGUUCAGGUUCACCCGUGAAACAUCCAAAGACUGUGUAAUUUUGAGACAACGUAUACCAGCUGGUUUCAUAAUAGAAAUUGCUGCUGGGAAUCUCCAUUAUAAUCCAAAGAUCUGGCCAGAACCUGAGAAGUUUAUUCCGGAGAGGUUUACAGCAGAGGCCAAGCAGCAGCGCCACCCCUUCUCCUAUCUUCCCUUUGGGGCAGGCCCUCGUGGUUGCAUUGGCACGAAGCUGGCUGUGAUGGAGAUCAAAAUAACACUGCUAAGAAUCUUGCAGAAGUUUAGAUUUCAAACCUGCCCCGAGACCCAGAUUCCUUUGCAGCUGAAAUCUCAAGCGACACUGGGACCAAAGAAUGGCGUCUACAUUAAGAUAGCUUCUCGAUAAAGCAGAAUCCGGUUUCUAUGCAUCUUCCAAGGGGAGGACAGCUUGCUGGGUGAUGCAUGGCUUCUGUAUUGUGAAAUCACACUGGGGCAUCCUUUCCUUUUUUACAUAUGCCUUGAUAAGGAUCAACUGUGUGUUAAAUGAUGUUUAGGGUACAAGUAUAUUUGAAUGCACCAUUUCAAAAAAAUCUAGGAAGUGUUGCUGCUUCGAGAUGGGUUGGUGUGUCUUCAGGAUGCUAGCUGGAAAGGGAAAUGCAAGGGAGCUAUAAUUCUUUUUUCUCUUCUGCUGGAACUUGGAUGUUAGACUGUGAGAUCCAUGUGCCUAGAUAGUUUCCGUGGGUGCUUACCCCUUGAACAUAUGUAGCUUCUGACUUGUCCUUCUGUAGCAAUGUCACCUCAUUCUCUAUCAGAGCCACAACAUUUCGUGCCUUAUUACAAAAUAAAUAGCUUUGGAUCUUUGUAGAAAAUAAAGUACGUGAAAAAUGUUAUCUAUUUUUCUUUGGAGUUUCAGUCAAAUUAGUGGGAACUCUGCA